AUGGUUCUGCAGGAUCUUGGUCGGCGUAUAAACUCCGCAGUCAGCAACCUGACUCGGUCGAGUAACUUAGACGAGAAGGCAUUUGAAAGCAUGAUAAAGGAAAUAUGCGCUGCGCUACUUGAAGCUGAUGUAAACGUUAAGCUUGUCGGAAAUCUUCGAAAGAGCAUCAAGUCUCUUGUAAACUUUACGGAACUAGCUCCUGGUGUCAACAAGAAGCGCUUAAUUCAGAAAACCGUUUUUGACCAACUCGUGAAGCUUGUAGAUCCCCACAACGAACCUUACAAGCCCAGGAAAGGUAAGGCAAACGUCAUCAUGUUUGUAGGCUUGCAGGGCGCCGGAAAGACCACUACGUGCACAAAAUUAGCUCGACACUACGAAUCAAGAGGCUUUAAAUCUGGACUAGUUUGCGCAGAUACAUUUCGUGCUGGUGCUUUCGAUCAGUUGAAACAAAAUGCGACAAAAGCGAAAAUUCCUUAUUACGGGUCUCUGACACAAACUGAUCCGGCUGUAGUAGCGAGAGAAGGUGUAGAAAAAUUCAAGAAAGAGAAAUUUGAAAUUAUAAUUGUGGAUACAUCAGGAAGACACAGGCAAGAGGAUGCUCUCUUCGCAGAAAUGGUUGAAAUACAGAAAGCAAUAUCUCCCAAUCAAACAAUUAUGGCUUUAGACGCCAGUAUUGGCCAGCAAGCUGAGGCUCAAAGUAAAGCUUUCAAAGAGACAGCCGAUUUCGGCGCUAUAAUAAUCACAAAGAUGGAUGGUCAUGCAAGUGGAGGUGGAGCAAUUUCGGCUGUUGCUGCGACAAAUACACCUAUAAUAUUUAUAGGCACUGGCGAACACAUGCUAGAUCUAGAAAGAUUUGCUCCGCAGCAAUUUGUUUCGAAGCUACUUGGAAUGGGUGACAUGCAAGGUCUCGUCGACCAUGUGCAAUCACUCAAGCUUGACCAAAAGGAAACAAUGAAGCACAUUGUCGAGGGCGUCUUUACUAUUCGUGAUCUUCGGGAUCAGCUGUCUAAUAUAAUGAAAAUGGGGCCCUUAUCGAAAAUGGCCGGCAUGAUACCAGGUAUGAGCGGCAUGAUGCAGGGCAUGGACGACGAAGAGGGCAGUAUGAAACUAAAGCGUAUGAUCUUUGUCUGUGACUCCAUGACUGGUAAAGAACUUGAUAGUGACGGGAAAUUGUUCAUUGAGCAACCCACUCGAGUAACGCGGAUCGCACGCGGUUCUGGCACGAGUGUGCGCGAAGUUGAAGAUCUUCUUACACAACACAAGAUGAUGGCUGGCAUGGCUAAAAAGAUGGGGGGUAACAUGAAGAAUCUACAGAAAGCUCAGAGUGCGAUGGGCGGUGGUAACAAGCAGCAACAGAUGGCUGCUAUGCAGAAACGCAUGGCAAGUAUGGGUGGUGCCGGUGCUGGUGGUAUGCCUGAUAUGGGAUCUUUGAUGAAAAUGUUUGGAGGUGCAGGUGGAAGUGGGGGCCUAGACAUGCAAGCUAUGAAACAACAAAUGGGGUCCCUUAUGGGUGGCGCAGGAAGCAUCGGACGAGCCGGCGCCGGACGAAGUCGGCGCUAG